CGUAGAGCCAUGCGUGACCGGCACAGAACAUUGACAGGCAUGUGCAUGGGACCUGUACAACGCUGAGUGGACCUUUCCCUUAUUGUUUUCUUCAUGCUUACCUAAUUACGGCAGAAUUGACAACGACAGAUACUUCAUAUGCAAACCACUUGGACGAAAUUGCCAUGACGAGGAUGCCGGAGCAGGGUUCAACGGUGGUAUUAGGAGAAGCCGAAAAGCGUGCGUCCUCCAAAGCAUUUGCUUUAUUAUCACAGAUCAAAUACGUGCUUGAUAUGAAUAACAGAACGAUGGAGUUCGUUGCUGAAGUAGAAGGGCAGCUUGAGGAGUACUUUAGGAAAAUUGGAGAAGAGGUGCGCCGAAAGCAGGAGAACAUUCGAGCCGAAUUCGAUAAUCUGACGGAGACUAAAAAAAAAAUUGAAAGACUAAUUGAGAUGACAGAUCACGAGCUUGAGGAAGUACGGACACGAGGCGUAAAGCUCGAGAGGUUCUACAUAGCUAAUCUACACACUUUGAAUACAUUUCUUGCGGAAGAGCUGACAAAACAAGAAGCGCGGGUGUUUAUUCUGGACGGUUAUCAUGUUGUUGACGAACACGAAAAUACGAUGGAAAGUUCGUAGUAAUAUAUGCAAGUCGAAAAAGCCGAUUGCCGUAUAAUAAAGUCAUAUUUUUUUUUAAAGAAAGCAUUAAAAAUGCAAGUAAACAGUAUAUAUUUAUUAUCCAAGUAACUCACUGAUCUGUACAUAUC